AGGCAGGCAUUGUGCUGAGUUAUUGGCUUCAGAGUAGCAGCAGCAGCAUCGCUUCUGAGGAUGCAGUGAGAGCAUCAGUAACGUUUCUAAAAAUAAAAAAAGAUAGAUCUUUCUGUCGAUCAGUUCCGUGGAUUUCUCCAGUUUGAUCCGAGCGGUUUACGUUUGCUUUCGGUUGCUGAACCCCUUUGUCAACCUGCUGGGGGCCUGAAAGUGAAGCAGCACCCGGCUUUAUGAAUGGGGAUGCUCGGUUCCCACGCUGACUGCAAUUGAGGAGAGUCAACUAUCAGCCCAACGUCUCUCAUAAGGACUAUAUCAAAGACUUGGAAGCUUUUCUCUGACUCCAAAAACCAAACUAAUCGGUCACCAUGCCGAUCCUCAAACAGCUGGUGUCUGGCACCUCCCAGACCAAGCGUCGCAUGGACCUGACCCGGGAGAUGAUCAGUGCCCCGCUGGGAGACUUCCGCCACACCAUGCAUGUGGGCCGCAGUGGCGAUGCGUUCGGAGACACCUCGUUCCUCAGCACCCGCUCAGGAGAACCCCCCCCUGAGAGCAGUUCCCUGCCCCGCUCCCCUCGGCCCAGCCUCCUGUCUCGCACCUUCAGGAGUAGCAAGCGCUCCCAAUCUGUAAACAGGGUCGACCAGCAGAGGGAUAUCCUGGACACUCCUGGAGGGUCACCCACUUAUGUGAAGAACGCCAUGUCUCUGCCCUUUCUCAACGAUGAGGACAGAGGGGACAGUUUGGUGGCAAAGAGUUUGUCCUCGAGUCCUAUAAAGCAUUACGUGGAGGGGGACGGGAGGGGCGGAGCUGCAGCUUCUCACUUUCUUGAGCUGGAAGAGAAAAGCUUCGGGGAGCUGACAGAGCUACCAGAGAGCCCCUACCACUACGGCGGUGGAAUGAAGCACGCUGAGUCGGUGAUGUCUUUCCAUCUGGACCUGGGACCCUCCAUGCUGGGGGACAUCCUCGGGGUGAUGGAGAAGGAGGAUGACGAUCUAGGCUACGAGGAAGGCAAGAGCAGCGAGGGCCGCGCCUCACCGCCUCUCAGCAUCCACGGUGAGGAGGAAGAUAGCGUGGUGGGAGAGAAAGAUGGGGAUGGGGAAGCAGGGGAGGAGAUGGAGGAAGAGGAAAUGAAGCACCAGGCCUCUCUGCAACCAGCCAGCUCUGUAGAUCUAGGGCCAGAGCAUGGAGGUCCCUACACCCCAGAGUACACCCCCGAAACUCGCCCCAAACACUUGCAGCAUCUGGACAGCUGCUCCAUGUCCAGCUCUGGCUCUGCGGCCCUGGAUGAGAAACCAAACAGCCAGACGUACGCAGGCGAUACAGACAGCGCCACCUUCAGUGCCCCGCCAGAGGAGGAGAGCAACUUCUCAUCUUUCAUGGAGGAUGAGGACGAUGAGAUCCGCUUGUGAGACUGAAAAAAAAAUAAGGACACGGCUCUGGAAGAGGUUUAUGUGAAACUAGCAAGUCCUUUGACAGUGUGGAUUUGCACUUGAACAGAAAUAAGACACUUUCGUCUGAAGGGUAAUGUGGGAAUGGGACUGUGAAAAAGAGGGAGAACUAUUACUUUGUAGGUCCGCAAGGAGAGAGUGACUGCUUCUUUUGAAAGAGCCCAUCUGUCAGAGAGCGUUACCCUCCACUGUCAAUCCGUCUCUACCUUUUGAACACUGAGGGAACUGACAUGGAAGAACAGCCACUCUGAAUAUGGAACAUUCCAGAAGUAAGCAGGGAGUGAAAGGAGUUGGAAAGAAACUUUUGGGGAAAACACUUUCCAUAACUAAAGCUCAGCUCAUGCCUUCUGUCUCUUCCCUCUCAGGUGCUUUUCAAAUUUGGUUUGUCUCUCUUCUUCUUCUUCAUGUUGUUGUGUUUUCUCUCACUGACUGUGGGACAUCAUGAGGCCUGAGCUGAACAGAGGGCCUCUGUCACCACAGGAUUACUGCUGGUGAUCUUGUCACAAUAAAGGUGGCUGUGUUUGUCACUGGAGUGUGAAGCCCUGCCUUGAGCUCCUUUCAUCUGAAAAUAUUAUAGUAAAGUGCCAUAGAUCUGUCAAGAGCUUUUUUCCCUUAUGUAACUCUGGGUCCUUGUGACACUGCUGUAAAGCUGAACCACAAAGCCCAGACCCCAAAUGAUCUUCUGUUUUUAAUUCACAGGCUUAGCCUCUGUGUAAUUAAAGAAAAGCAGGGUUAUAAAUGAAUUUAGAUACAUUGGCCUGUAUUAACUAUAAAGAAUUGUGUUACUACAGGAAGCCAAAGGUGUGAAGAGGGAUUGUACACUUUGUUGUCCCUUUCCACUGAGCAGAUUAUAUCCUGAAGACAUCAUAAUUAUGAAUUUAUAGUUUUCUGAUAACUGACACAAAUUAGCUUCCUCCUUCUGACUAAUGUUUCCUUUCAAGUUGAAACUGAAAAGAGUUUGGUAACCACUUCCUUCCUUGUUUUCAUGCGUCCAUGCAGCUACAGUGGUUCAACUGAAUUGUGUAAAUGAUCUUGAUUAGUUCAGCGGCUGCCUUACUGUUUCCACUACUACUCAUGGUGAUGGAUUUAAGGUUUGUUUAAAAUCAGUGCAUCAGGCACAAUUUAACCAGACACUACUAGUAUUUGGUGUUUGUUUUAUCUUUGAAAAAAAUGCUUUGUUAUUUACGUUUAUAUGUGGAUGAAAAGGAAAGACACAGCUAGCGAUAGAUGCAAGGGGAUAAAAAAAAACUCUAUUUUUAUGCAAGUUGCAUAGUCAUUGCAGCUUGACUGUAUCUCUUGCAUCAUUAAAAGCCACGGCCAGAAGUAUCGAGGCUCAGUUGCACUGAUUGAUUUCACUGCCUUAACUGAAACUGACAGAUGUGCCAAAUCCCAAUUUUCUAGCUAAAAAUAAUUUUACUUGUGAAGCCCACUUUUGGGAGAGCCUGUCAAAUCUGUCUGUCUUUGCUUCUCUAUGUGGGUAAUCACUGUGGACAUUUAAGUGGAAGGCAGAGCUCAUAGAUUGAAAAAAUAAAGAUGUGUUCCUGGUUGUGUCGAAUCAUGAAGGGGAGCGAGUAAAAUAAAUAAUUUGUAUAACUGGAUAUUUAUAUUUCCAAUCACUCAAACACUACAUAAUAUAUUCAGGUCAUUUCUAGGGUUAACAACCUUGUGCGAAUGGGGCGUUGUCUGUGUAAUGUGUAUUAUGCCUUCCUUUGUUUGAUACCUGUUUCUUCUGUGUUGUCGAAAAUAACCUAUAUUUUUCAAUAAAAUAAAUCCUGAACGUC